GUGUGACAUGCACAUACACGCGGCAAUCCGCGCACAUUUCGGGUGGUUGUCUGAUUACUUUUCUUUGGCAUCGCCUUACGACGAACGGCAUCUGUAUGACGAUCUGAACGGCCUUCUAAUAUGCAUAUUCUUAGCUUAGCAUUAUGGUAUACCCGCAUCGCAAUCGAUGCACACGCACAAUCGAAUAAUUACUCCACACCGUUCGCUUUGUCACUUGCUCAAUUUCAAUGUUCUGACCCACCUUUCUUCAUCAACAUUGCCGCCGCUAAUUCCUUCGUCCCAUCCUGCCGACAGGCUAAUGUUCGACCCCAGCCCCUCAUCGCAGUCCAUGUUGCUUUCUGAUCCCCUCACUCGAAGUUCAUUCGCUUACGGCUGCGGCUUUACUCUUCCGCUGCAUCACGUAGCCGAAAGCGGAGAGACUGAACAACAUGCAUGCGUCGUCGCAACACUCGCAGCGACUUCUCACUUCUGCGUAGCUAUUGACGGCACGCCCGAAAGAAUGGAGCACGAGGAUGGGAUAACCCAGCUUGUCUUGCCUCUGACGCAGCCUCACAAUCGCGCGGUUCGAGAUGCGUUGAUGUCUGACUCUUUACAGUACUUAUGCUCCCAUCAACUUCAACUUGAGGCCAUUUGCCACGCAACGUUGCGCGCUUCUCCGCACCACCAUCAGCCAUUCUUCACCGCGGAUCUACCUCCUUCGAUCAGCUUUCGCUCGCGGACAGCCGUUGUUACCCACAUAUGCGGUCCUACAAUAACUGCCACUAACCGCACCAUGAUUCAUGGCAGCUCUAUUAUGGGUCUACGAUGUGUGACGCUGCCUGCAGGAAGCACCGAGCAAAGGGCCGGAUAGUCGCAUACGAACGUGUUUGUCACAGCAUUGCACGACCUCAGAGCUCCUUUCGUCCUCCACAUCGCUUCCUCAUGGUCUGGGCACUGGAUCCCUGGGGCUUCCUGCAUGUGAGGAAUGCUUUCCCGCCCUGCUUCGAGACUUCUGACUGGCCAACAGUGCCUCGUUCCCGUACCGGUGCUUCCCCCCGCGGAUUGUCACCACUAUUAGCGACUCUU